AUGACAGAAGAGGGCAAAAGAAGAAAGAAGAGGAUCUGUGAGAAGAUCUUCUACACCAGAUUUGACACUCUCCUGACUCUGAACUUCUACUGUUCUGUGUUGCCACUACUCAAAAACUACGUAAUGUUGUUUGAGUCAAAGACACCCCUUAUUCACAAACUCCAUGACAAGCAACUUGAUGUCUUCAGGAAAUUUCUGUCUUGCUUUGUCAAACCAGAAGCUCUCUUGUCAACCAAAAUGAAAGAUCUUGACAUUGAGAAGAAUGUGUUGCGACAGAGAGACAUCUUCUAUGGAGGGAGUACAUCAACCAUCAUGAAAGAUUCCCACAAGCACACAACAGUGAAGCAAUUUCAAGAUAAGGCACAGGAGGCAUACAUCAGUUGUGGCAAGUACCUGCAGAAGAAGUUGCCACUUGAAAACAAGCUUUUGGAGGCUGCGUCAGCAAUUGACCCUCUCGCAAGAGGCCACAGCAAGACCUUAGGACUGUUGAGGAUCCUGCCUUCCUUGGUCACAAAUGUGCUGAGUGAAGAUGACCUGAAUGCAUAUGAAGUAGAAAUUCGGGCCUAUCAGGUGGACUCAUCAUUACCUCCAGCAACUGACAAGCAAGGUGAAGAACUAGCACCUGAUGUCUGGUGGUCAAGUCUGUUCAGACAGAGCACUUACCCUGCCUUGUCAAAAAUGGUAAAGGCUCUUAUGAGCUGUUUCCAUGGCCCCCAGGUGGAAGGAGCUUUCAACACCAUGGGAGAUGUCCUUCAUCAGAAAGCUUGUAGGAUGGAUAUCUCCACUUACAGUGCCAUCCAGACACAUAAUAAGAAUAAUGGGACUAAAGCACUGAUUAUCAUUUUUAUUUCUGCCAUCAUUGUUUCCAGUGUGACAGCAGACAAAGGAAAGCAUUAUACCAAAGAAAAAGUGUGUGAAGACCUUCAGGCCAUUGGAUCAGAAAACUUCAGAAUAAUAGUGAUAGCUCUAUACAGCCAGAAGUUCCCAAAUGGAGCCUUUGAGGAAGUGAACAAUAAGGCUGAUGAAAUGGCUAAACUAGCAGAACACUGCUGUCAGUAUGAUGCAAGCCCUGACUGUUAUGACAAAGGGGCUACAGAAAUCUCAGACAAGUCUUGUAGAAAGGAUUCACCGUUCCCCAAGCAUCCAGGCAUUGAGCAGUGUUGCAAUGUCCAAGGUGAUGAGAGGAACUGUUUAGCCACACUGCAUUAUUCAGCAGAUGAACUCUCCUCCCUGAUGGAGCCCACACCUGAAGAGAUCCGUACUCAGUAUACUAAAGACCGCAGUGGCUAUGCUCUGAGGUAUGUAUACGAGUUUUCUCAGAGACACAGGAGUAUCCCAGCAGGUUUUGUUUUCAGUGUGACCCAAAAUCACAUAAGGAUGGCAGAGAAUUACUGUAAGCCCACUGCAUCAUUACCCUGCUUUUUCAAAGAGGUAUUACCGACUGCAUAUUUUGGAACCCUCCUGAGAGUACCAUUCAAAGAAACAUUGACUAUUUCGAAGCAGUUUCACUCUGGGCUUGCAAAAUGCUGUUUACAACCACAGCCUCAAUGUGUCAUUGAAAAGUUUAUCAGCUUCCAGAAGGUUCUCUGCAAGGAUCUUGGCAAAAUAUCUGAGGAACUGCAAAGAUGCUGCAGCAAAGCCCCUCUAGAUGCCAUCAUCUGCAUGGAUAGCAUAAAAAGACAGCCGUCAUAUCUUCAGGUCCCCUCGGCACAGAUCUGCAAGGAAGCCAAACCAGAUAGCACAGACAGGUGCUCGCCUUAA